UAACUACAAAACGCACACCAACUUUAAACUCACGUACCAUCAAACUCAUGCUUUUCAAACUUUUUAACCACCCUUCAACAACCACAUUACACUGUACCAACUCCACAUAUGGCUUCAAAUAAUAAUAAUAAUACAAUCCCUGUCACCGUCUCCGCCACCUUCCCUCAACCGACGACAAUGGACCAUAAUCUAGUUCGCCCAGUUUUGGGAGAGAUGGUGGGGAGUUUUUUGUUGAUUCUUUGCGUGAGCGGGGUAACGGCGACCGGGCAGCUGACGGGCAGUCAGAUGGGUAUACUGGACUAUGCCGUGGCUGCUGGUUUGACGGUGGGCGUUUUGACGUUCUGCUUUGCUCCCAUUUCUGGUGCUCAUUUUAAUCCAGCCAUCACUCUUGCCUCUGCCAUUUCUGGUCACUUUCCAUGGUCUAGGGUAAUGGCAUAUGUGGUGGCUCAAACGACAGGUUGUGUAAUGGCAACGUAUGCAGCAAUGUUUGUUUUUGGCAUAAAACCACAACAGUUGAUCACUCGGCCACUUUAUAAUUAUUCUUCUCCCUUUUCUGCCUUCUUCCUCGAACUUCUUUUAACUUUCAUUCUCAUGUUCCUCCUUUCUUCUUUAUCCCAUCAAUCCCAAUUAGUUCGUCAAUUUUCUGGCUUUGUCAUUGGAAUGGCCAUUGCUCUUGCUGUGUUUAUUGCCGGGCCCAUUUCCGGUGCAUCAAUGAACCCAGCAAGAUCUUUAGGACCGGCAAUUGUUUCAUGGGCUUUCGAUGACAUAUGGAUCUAUAUUACGGCUCCGGCCAUCGGGGCCAUCACCGGGGCGUUCAUCAGCGACUUCCUCCGCCUUAGUCCUCCACCGCCUCAACCAUCCAACGCCAAAUAUUUUGAUGUCUCCUCCUCUGCCAACGCAUAUCUAAUUACUUAGCACAAAUCAUUGCUCUUCAUCAUCCCUCUAUAUCUCCAGUUGCUUUUUCUAUGUUAAAAUGAUCUAUCAUCUUAUAUAUACGUGGAAUAACAAUUUUAGUUAUAAAAUCAUGUCAUUUCCUUACGUGUAAA